GCCCGUACAUGUUUGAACAAAUAAACGUGCCUGUCCUUGUUCCCUCGCUGUCGAUCAUCCUCACAUUUUGACCCCCGGAUAGAUUCGAGUCUGGAACCGUUUUUACGACAGGAAGGCUUUCGGAGGUUAUCAGCCUUGUAGGGUGUUAUCAGCCUCGUGUGGUGUUACUUAUUAACCCAUCUGACGGGACCGAAACUCCCCAGGGACAGAUCAGUGAAAACAAUAAUCUUCUCCUGUGUGAAAGAGAUGAUCGAGUGAGUAAACGGAAAGAGAAAAGUGUUGGGAGAGGUCCCCACAUUUAAAGAAAUCUAAAAUCCAAAUCAGAGGAGCAAAACACCCAGCUGGAGUUGUCGCCAUGUGCGUCAAUGAUUCAUCAAAGCCGGUGUAAUUCAGAUCCGCUUCAGCGGGUUCCAGUUUCGAGGGCCAAUGUUCAUUGAGUACCUGCUGGUUUAAAGACACGGCUGAGAGAUAUUAAUGUGUAAUCAUCGUAAAGAAAGGGAAUACGUCUGGGAACAUGGUGUGUUGGUUAAACUACACCCUGUUUGUAUGUCAUCACACGGUAAUUUGAAGUUACUGUAUAAUCCAGUGGAACAGCGCUUUAUUGUCUUGUCUCUUUAUAUUACCGUAGGCGGUGACGGAGACAGUAAAACUAUAAUUUUGUAAUCAUUUUUAUGUGCAGUUAAUGUACAAUAUAUGUUCCCGGCUUAGUUUUUUUAUUUCUUUCCAUGUUUCUUUUAUUUUAUGUGCAGAGAACUCACAAUGUGUCGUUUAGGGAGCACCAAUCGUGGCAACAGGCAACAUUUUGUGACCUUUUUUUUUUAAAAGCACAGAAAAGAUCAAUGAAGCUUUUGUCCUUUUUAUCAGUCGCUCCACUACUUUGAUCCGGAUUAAAAAUCUCCCUGGCGUCAUUGGAUGGACCGGAACAAAAUGUUGUCAUUCGUGGUUCUCAGAGGAUGAACCCUAAUAAGUUUGGUGAUCCCCCGACUUUUCCUCCAGUGCCACCGUAAUGUUGUCUAUUGGAUGGAUUGCCAUGAAAUGAAGUACACAUUAAUUGUUCAGUGCCUAUAAAGCAUAUUUCUGACAACCUUUAGCCCUAUAUGUUGAAAACGAUCCACUAUAUGGUCGUAUACAUGAUGAUUUACGUAGCAGGUAAUGUGUGUGUAAGCAUCUGCUGAACACACACAUUCCACAGAGUUUUAAUGUAGGCCUGGACCACAGGAGUGAAUCCUCGCUGCCACGCGGUGAGUAAAUCCUAGAAAGCACACAAAAAGAAAUUAUGGGCUUCUGUCUAGGUACCACUUUUUAAAAAAAAUCACAUAAACUUUGUUAUCACAGACGAGGCCGGUGUGCCAUUUGCAUCCCAUAAACAGCUCGGCCAUUAAAUGAGACAUUUAUGGCGCGGCAGGAUCCUGUUUUUAUUUCAUUUAGACGAGCUCAGUCAAAGAGUUCAGAUAUAGAUUUGAAUAAAAGUGAGACUUCCAUCCCGUAGAUACUCUCACAGUGUCCACCAUGUUAGUAAAUGUGUUAUUCCUCAAAUGGAUUCAUUUACAAGAUGGACUUUGGGGGUUUAACAAAUAGUUAAUCAAUAUAAACAAAGAAUUACUUUAUUCAAACAUCUUUUGGUAAUAUCAGAGUAAGCACAAAGACAUUUGGACAAGAGGUGAAUGAAUUGACGCGUCUCCAGAGUCAGAAACUUUCCUUUGCAAGAAGCAGCUCGAGUCAGCUUUAUGGUUGGUGUGCGUCUAUUUCUGGAGCCUUAUUCUUGACCUUUAUACAAAGCAGUUUACAAAUAUCCCCACCUCCACACACACACACACACACAUCAGGGCUUUGUUUGAAAUGCAGGCUACGAUUUAUCUUAAUAUUAUCAGUGUGGCGAGCGCUAUCUGAGCAAACGCUGAACCAGCGGCUAUCAGGAGGAUAAUUAAUGAAGACACACAAACACAGAAACUUCAGAUCUUUGUCAAUUAGCCUUUAGCCGAGACUUCGGGCCUCAAGUUGCACCAAUUACCUGUUGAUACCUUUCCAAUAUCUUGCAAAAUCUCGGGUGUGGCUCUCAGUCAUUUUGACCUUGUGUCAUGUGGCCUUGAGAUUUCCAAACCAAAACAAUAAAACUGAGAAGAUGCAAUUGGCUUCUUGGCUGCGUUUGAAAAGUACUGUUUUAAAAUGCCGCUGCAGUGUGACACUUGGGGUAUAAAGAUAACAUUUUUGCGUGAAAGAUCCAGCACAAAAAGCCCGUUUAAAACUCCUCAUACAUCGGUUAAAAAAAAAAACGUGUUGGAAAAAUGCCUAAUAAACAUGAACAGUGCCGUGUCAUUAAGAGAGACUGAUGACCAUUGGACCCUGAGAGUGAGCCGAUAAACACCUGUUCAGUUUCAGGGGUGUAAGAUACGAGAGAAAGAAGAUAGAGUGUGUGUGUGUGUGUGUGUGUUAAUGUUAGAGGGGAGGGGGGAGGAGAGAAAGCCAGUCAUAUAAAUCAUUAUACAUAUCUGUGGAGCUGGACACAUCUCCCAGUGGCAGACGCACCACUGGCACACUCUCACACACUCAUUGACUUUCUAUCAAACCAGAAUCAGAUGUUUUUAUAACAGGUUGUUGUUGUUUUUUUACUGAUUUUGAAAACUGAGAUCUGGAUAUACUUUUGUUUGACUGCUGGGCCGACGAGGGGGCAUGGAUCCAAUCGUGGAAGUCGUGGCUUUGGUGCUGGGGUUCAUUGGUUGGGUGAUGGUCGGGGUCACCCUGCCUAACCGGUACUGGAGGAUCUCCACCGUCGACGGGAACGUCAUCACCACGUCCACCAUCUAUGAAAACUUGUGGAUGUCAUGCGCGACGGAUUCAACCGGGGUCCAUAACUGCAGAGAGUUCCCUUCACUGCUCGCUUUGAGUGGAUACAUCCAAGCGUCCCGUGCCUUGAUGAUCACAUCCAUAGUGUUGGGCACCUUUGGACUGCUGUUGGCCCUGAUAGGAGUGCAGUGUUCGAAGGCUGGAGGGGAGAACUAUGUUCUGAAAGGGAGGAUCGCCGGCACAGCGGGAGUCCUUUUCAUACUUCAAGGUGUGUGCACAAUGAUCGCCGUGUCCUGGUACGCCUUCAACAUCACUCAGGAAUUCUAUGACCUCUUCAAUCCCGGGACAAAGUAUGAAAUGGGAGAAGCGCUUUACAUCGGCUGGUGCUCUGCCGUGCUCGCCAUCGCUGGAGGAAGCUGUCUCACCUGCUCCUGCAAGAUGGGCACAGAGGAAAAAUACCCGUUGCCUCAUCAAACUAGGGGAACUGUAUAUUCUGGACCGGCACAGACCAGGAGCGUGGCCGCUAGCACUUACGGACGAAAUGCUUACGUUUGAGGAUAUAAAAACAAUAACAAAGAAAAGUCCUGGGGUAAACCUUUUCAUCGAUACACCUCACAUCGUCCUGAUGUUCAGUUUUAACACUUCAGAUGGAGCUUCUUUCGUCCAUGGCUAUGUUGAAAAGAUAAAGGUCCAUCAUGAAAUAACAUAGCACCACUGAACUGUAUAUAAUCAUAAAUUACAUUUCAAUUGUAUUCUGUAAAAUUAUAUUAUUGAAUCGCAUUGAAGUUGUAGCUACUGUACGCUUUCAAUGAUUCUAUUUAUGUUUCCAUGAUGAUGUAAGCACAAAUACUUUUACAUACAGUCACUUAUAAUCCAAUCAUUUGAUGAUCUGCAUGCACACGUCUAGACAUUUGUAAAGGGGAAGGUCAAAACUUUAAUAAUCCAGAUAUUUGUGUGUGUUGUACAGUUUUAUAGAUAGUACCUGUGAAAGAGGGUAGAAGUUAUCUUUAUAUU